AUGGUCAGUCCUUGAGCCUCCUCCUGCACCUUCUCGACACACGCCCUAGCAUCUCAACGGGUAGUGUGCUGAUAUAACACUUCACUACACAGACCACGGUUUGCCAAGCUCUGUCGUGCUGGUCGUCGUACCGGGAUAGCCGCUCGCCGCUGUCGAUCGACCUGCAGUAUGCCAACCUCGCCGUGUCGUCGACGGUCUAUGUCGGCAACCUGUCCUUUUUUGUGCGUCCAGCUUUGCGUGCACUAUUCACAUGUGUUGCACUCGAGGCAUCAGCUGAGCACGAACCUCUCACGUUGCGCUGGGCCACGCAGACGACGGAGGAACAGAUCUACGAGCUCUUCAGUCGGGUCGGAGAAGUCAAGCGCAUCAUCAUGGGUCUUGACCGCAACACAAAGACCCCGUGUGGUUUCUGCUUUGUCGAGUCAGUCCAGUUGCUGGUGUGCGGUUACCCAGAGGGCCUGUCGAGCUGACAAGUCCUUCCUUCUCAUCCCUGGCCAUACUCUUCUCUCGGCGAAUCAUCGCACCGAUCAGAUAUUUCCACCACGAACACGCGCUGGCAUCGUUGCGAUACGUGUCCAACACCAAACUCGACGAACGACUGAUUCGAGCCGAUCUUGAUCCGGGCUACCUCGACAAUAGGCAAUACGGCCGAGGCAAAUCUGGAGGACAGGGUCAGUCUUUCUCUUGGUGUGGGAGCUCGACCGUGGCGGCUUUCGACUGACUUUCACAACAUUACUCCCAUACAGUACGAGACGAGUUCCGACAAGAAUUCGACGCAGGCCGAGGAGGGUGGGGUCACAUCAAGGCGCUCGAGAUCACACGGCAGCAAGAGCAGGACGAUCUCUAUCGGGGCGAUCAUUAUGGCAACGCUCAGCAAGAAGUCCCGGCAGGCAUGGGGAGCUUUGUCGAUGAAAAUCCUCGAUUCCGGGAGGAGCGAGAUGAUUAA